AUGCUGCAGGCGGCCAGGUACCUGCUGGGCUCCCCGGGCGCCAGCGGGUUCGGCUCCAAGUCCACCGCCGAGGAGGUCACGGCCGCCUGCCCGGACCUCGGCUCGCUCACCGCCAUCAUCACCGGCGCCACGUCGGGGAUCGGGGCGGAGACGGCGCGGGUGCUGGCCAAGCGCGGGGCGAGGGUGGUCAUCCCGGCGCGGAGCGUCAAGGCGGCCGAGGACAUGCGCGCGCGCAUCCUGGCCGAGUGCCCCGGCGCCGACGUCCUCGUGCUGCACCUCGACCUCAGCUCGCUCGCCUCUGUGCGCGCCUUCGCCAGUCGCUUCCUCUCCCUCGGCCUGCCGCUCCACCUCCUCAUCAACAACGCCGGCAAGUUCUCGCACGGCCAGCUCGCGCUGUCCGAGGACGGCGUCGAGAUGACCUUCGCCACCAACUACCUUGGCCAUUUCCUGCUGACGAAGCUGCUGCUGGGGAGGAUGGUGGAGACGGCGGCCGCCACGGGCGUGCAGGGAAGGAUCGUGAACGUGUCGUCCAGCGUGCACGGCUGGUUCUCCGGCGACUGGGCCGACUACCUCCAGCUCGUCACCCGCCGCAAGAUGUAA